CCGAAGCUCGCGGGGAUCCCUCCCUCCCACCCUCCCCUCCCCCCCGCGCCCCGAUUCCGGCCCGAGCCGGGGGGGAGGCCGGGCGCCGGGGCCAGAGUCCGGCCGGAGUGGAGCGCGCCGGGCCCCAUGGACAGCUCGGCCGUCAUUACUCAGAUCAGCAAGGAGGAGGCGCGGGGCCCGCUGCGGGGCAAAGGUGACCAGAAGUCAGCAGCUUCCCAGAAGCCCCGGAGUCGGGGCAUCUUCCACUCACUCUUCUGCUGCGUCUGCCGAGAUGAUGGGGAGGCCCGGCCUGCCCACAGUGGGGCUCCCCUGCUGGUGGAGGAAAAUGGCGCCAUCCCUAAGACCCCAGUCCAGUACCUGCUUCCCGAGGCCAAGGCCCAGGACUCGGACAAGAUCUGCGUGGUCAUCGACCUGGACGAGACCCUGGUGCACAGCUCCUUCAAGCCAGUGAACAAUGCUGACUUCAUCAUACCCGUGGAGAUUGAUGGGGUAGUUCACCAGGUCUACGUGCUGAAGCGGCCCCACGUGGAUGAGUUCCUACAGCGAAUGGGCGAGCUCUUUGAGUGUGUGCUGUUCACUGCCAGCCUUGCCAAGUAUGCAGACCCCGUAGCUGACCUGUUGGACAAGUGGGGAGCCUUCCGUGCCCGGCUGUUUCGAGAGUCAUGUGUCUUCCAUCGGGGGAACUACGUAAAGGACCUGAGCAGGCUGGGCCGAGACCUGCGGCGGGUGCUCAUCUUGGACAACUCACCGGCCUCUUAUGUCUUCCAUCCAGAUAAUGCUGUACCAGUGGCCUCCUGGUUUGACAAUAUGAGUGACACUGAGCUCCAUGAUCUCUUACCCUUCUUCGAGCAACUCAGCCGUGUGGAUGACGUGUACUCAGUGCUCAGGCAGCCUAGGCCCGGGAGCUAGUGAGGAGUCUUGGGGCCAGGACCUGCCCCUCACCAAGGCCCAAGCCUCUUCCCAUCAGACUGCGGGAGCCUGCCUAUGCUGUUAACAAAACCCAUGGGCUCUGCAAUAUCCACGGCCCUGGGCAAGAGGGUGUCUCCCCUGCCAGGCUGCAUGGCGGACAAUGAGCCCUUGGGCCCCCCUGUCUCAGUGCCUUCAGACUUCUUCCCCCCUUCUCAGGGGACCUGGGGGGCCCUGUCUCUUGCUCCCCCCUUCUGUCUUCACUUCUCCAUGCUGCCAUGUUUCUCUGCUGCCAAAUUGGGUCUCAUAGCCCCAGUUCUGCUUCUGGGGGUAGGGCCAAGGUUUUUGCUGCCCCGUGCCUUGGAUUCCCCCACCCCUCAACCCCCAGUCUGGGAACAGUGGACACCAAGUGCCUUGCAUAGAACCCUCUUUGCUGGUCAGCUUUUCCCAGAUCUCGGCUGACCUGGGAGGAACCAGUAUCUCGCCUUCCCGUCCUCCUUCCUGGGAUGAUGGUGCCCACCAGUUUCUGCAUGGGAGGGAGAGGGAGAAAGUCUAUUACCACUUGUAAAAGAGCUGGGGACCCUCCUUAGGGAACACUCCCAAUUCAGCUUGUCCAAGGCUGAUGGCUGCUCCCUUAUCAUUUAAGCCCCCAAUCUCCCCUGGGGGUUGGCAGGACUCCCCUGUGGUGCCAUAUAAAUAUGUAUAUGUGUAUAUAGAUUUUUAAGGGAAGGAGAGAGGAAAGGGUGGGAAGAGACACUCCUCCCUCGCCCCUUCCCUGGGCCCAGAAAUUGGGGGAGGGAGGGAGGGAAAGGAUUUUUACAUUUUUAAAACUACUAUUUUCUGAAUGGAACAAGCUGGGCUGUGAGGGGUCACAGGCCUGAUCUUCUGUCUGUCCCAGCCCUUUUACUGUAUUCAUCCAAAAAAAAAACAUGUAUUGAGUAUCUUCUCUGCCCAGCAGGGAGCUAGUCCCACCAGCUGAGUGGGAGGGGGGUCUCUGCUUCAUCUCUGGUGCCCCACCUCUGAACCCCAAACUUCACUGGUGCCUUCAGACUAUCUGCAGGAGGUGGACCCUUCUUGUGGGGUUCGGGAGGUCUUCAGAAAAGCUUACUAAGCUGUUCCCCUCUCCAGUGCCAACUCACACCACCUCAUCCCCUACCCCCCCCCCAGCCUCCUCCAUAGCCCCCUGCUGGCUGGGGGCGGCUCCCAGGUCACUCUGCCAACUGACUUGUUUCUAAAGCCCCUCCCCACACCUGCUGAGUCUGGAGUUCAAGUCCUUGGGCUCUCUCCCCAGAAUAUGAGGGUUAAGUGGACCCACAGAUAAGUGCCAAGGGAGUUGGUGAAGGGAGAGGAUAUGGUUGGCCUGAAUCGGAUGACCUUCCCAAUUAAGUGCUUUCUCUGUGACCAGCACCUCAGUGUGAUAACUAAAGAGAAAGCUAGACCCCU